GUUCAUUCAGUUGUCGACUGUCAGCCGGCGCGCUCGCGGGUGUUGUGUGCUCUCCGCCGUUCGAAAAGCUGACAAUAGCCGGGAAUACGGCAAUGUCUCUUGGUAAAGCGAAAUUCCAAUUAAAAAUAUAGCCAAUUACUAAAGGAUUUGGAAUCAAAUUAAAUCACUUUCAUUGAGUGAACCCAUCGGAAUAUGCGCAUACGAAUCGGAAUAUUGGUGCCUUGUACAGAAAUAUUACGUAUACAAACUGCAUUUGCGAAUGGACGCAAUUCGUCAGAGCUGGCGAGUAAACAUUAUUCGGUGACAUCCGUUUCCCUUGGCUGAUAAGCUGAUGUGCACAAAAUGCACUUACCACAAGGACGUUAAGGGCAACCACAAAGUGUUAUCAGCUAAAGAAAAGAAAAGAAAACAUAAAAGCACAACUCGAAAGCAACUAUACAAAAAUGCAGGCCUCUUGGCUCUUGUUCGGCAUUGCACUUGUAACGCUCAGUGUCAGUGCCCUGAAACUGGAGCAGCAGAAGGAGCUGAGUCACAGCGACAGGGACGGCCACACGGCUCUCCAUCCGCGUCGGCGCAACAAGCUCAGCGGCGCCUCAACGGGCAGCCGACGGCCACAGUUACGGCAAGGCAAGGACCAGCCAGGCACCACAAGCGAGGAGGACGAGGAGGAGGGCUACGAUUGGAUCGAUGUGGAUACCAGCGCAGCAGAAGAUAGCUCAAAGCUGGCCCCCGAGCCAAACGCAGCGAGCAGUGCUCCCCGGGAUAUCUUCACAUGUUGCAAUCAGGUCUUUGGCUCAUGUCGCACAGCAUGCGAGAACUUAUCGUUGGUCGAGUUGGACUUUGGCUAUGGACGCGAGGAGCCUCGUGCAGAACUGCGAAAGUAUUGCCAGCUGCAUCAAUUAGAGUUUUGGAGCUGUAUAAAUGGCACACUUGAAGCGGUUGACAGGGGUAAAUCCUGGUCCGGUCGUCGAUGCUGUCAACUGGCAGUUCUCCCCAAAUGCAAAAAUUCCUGCGCAACUGCAGCUGCCAGCCAGGAGGUGACUGAGGUCUGCCGGCGCAGCGACGAGCAAGUGCUCUACGACUGCUUCGAGCACCAGGAAGCGGCAGACAAUUGCUGCGGACAGGCGCGCACCUCGGAGUGCCUCCAGGCCUGUCGUGAAGUCUUUGAGCCCCCAAAUGAAACUGGAACAAGCAACGGCGAUGGAAAACUGGUGGAUGAGACAUGUGGGGAACGGAAUGCGGAUGUGCUGCAAUGCAUACACAACCACACGGAUAUGACACCUCUGCUGGACGUUGAGAAAUAUUUGCCAUGCUGCGAGUACAGUCGGGAGGAGAAGUGUCACCAAACGUGCACGAACGUGCUGCAAGCCUCUAAGUUGCAUCAACAAAAGGAGAGUAGUGAUGUUAUCUUUGCGCGUCUUGAGGCGGGCUGUGGCAAGCCGUUGCCCCAUCUGCCCUUUUGGCAGUGCUUUCUGACGGCCACACGGAAGCUGUAUGUGCCGGCAGGUGCACACUCACAACGGCGGCCCGAGCUGGCGUCCAACGGAGCCGAGGAGCCCAAUAAGCUGGGCAUCGAUGCCGCCAAGCGUCAGUGCUGUGAGCAGGCCAACAGCCACAAGUGCCGCCGUCUGUGCACCCAAAUCUUUACCAACGACUGGUGGGAGACACGCGUCAGCUUUGAUACCGAGUGCUUGGAGCAGCCCGCAGAGCUGGAUCUACGGCGCUGCAUCGAGAGCGUAGAUGCGCCCUGUGAGCUUGGAUGUCAUGGGCUAAGCUUCUGCACAAACUUCAAUAAUCGUCCGACACAGCUCUUUCGCAGCUGCUCGACCGCACAUGAUGCGGCGGCCCGCGAGGAUCUGUUGAUGCUGCAGCAGCGUGGCUUUAUACGCGUGCUGGGUCAGGAGCUGUUCAUCAAGAAUACCACUCGCUGUGCCCCUGACAAGUGGCAGGCACUCGUCUGUGCCUUACAGCUCCAGCCAUGUACCCGUAUUGGCCUCUAUAAUGGGAUUUGUAGAGAAGAUUGCACUGAACUGCUGGACGAGUGCUUGGACUGGACCAGGCAGCCGCAGCGUCCACAGGCGAUCUGUGAUCGGCUGCAGCCGCCAACAAUGGAUGACGAAGAACCUACGCCAUGUCUCUCGCUACGCGCGUACUUAAAAGGCAUUGAUCCAGAUGAAGAAGGAGCAGACGGCAGCAGCACAAAACUGGCCAUCAAUUCACCCUGCGCCUCUAAGCCGUGCAAUGCCAGUGAGGCAUGCGUGCUCCAAAGGAACGGCCGCCAAGGCUACUCUUGCAUACCGGGCUGCAGCUUGGGACAAGCCUCUGCGCUAAUCGUGCCCUUUGGGGCAUAUGUUCGCGUGGGAAAGAUUCGCAAUCCAAAUGGUGGCCUUGCCAGCAGCCAGCUGAGUGCUGAGCACGUGGUCUGUCGAUGUGGAAUGCGAGGCAAUGUAGACCUGUGUCAGCCACUUCCCAGCUACAUCCACUCAAACUGUGUGCUCCCGGGCGGGCGCAGCUUUUCUCACGGCUCAUCCUUUCAUCUGGAAUGCAAUCUGUGCAGUUGUUUUGCCGGGGAAAUAACCUGCACCAAGCAGCAGUGUCGUCUGCCAGGCUAUGUGGAUGCUGGAUAUACGAGCCUGCCGUGCAAUUGCCCCGCCCACUAUGUGCCUGUCUGUGGGGUCAAUGGCAACACCUACCCCUCCGCUUGUGUCGCCAAGUGCUUGGGUCUGAUGGAGAACAGCUUCGUCUAUGGUGCUUGUAAUGCCCGUAACGCCUGUCAGGGGGCCACAGGUGGUGGAGCACCUAGCUGCCCAUCCGGCACUCAGUGCCUGGAGCGGCGCCAAGUUUGUCUUUCCAGCAUGCAAAGACCAUGUCCACAGUACAUUUGCGUGAAUGCAUCCUCCUCCAACUGCGGCACUCAGCACGCAGAGGAGCUGUGCGAUACUGAGGGCAAGACUCACCCGAAUGCCUGCUCCCUGGUGCAGGCCAACUCUCAGUUAGCCUAUUGGGGAGCCUGUCGGCCGGAGCACGACACCGGCAAUGACUUGGGCCCAGUUUGUGGCAUCAAUGGAGUAACCUAUCGCAGUAAAUCCGCCGCAUUAUCCGAAUUUGUGCAUGUUGAUUAUGUGGGUCGAUGUCGCGAAGUUGGGCUGUUGGUCAGCGAUAUGGGGCGGCGCUGUAGAACUGUCCAAUGUCCGAGCCCUGUCUCGAAGCAUUGCCAUCACAUUGUGCCACCGGGUGCUUGCUGCCCCAUCUGCGGGGGCGCUGCUUUUCGGAUCAUAUACUCACGCAAGCAACUCGACAGAGCCUACUAUGCACUUCGUGGACAGCACAGCUCGUUGCUGACGUUGCGUGGCAUGUUGCAGGAGCUAGAUCACUUGGUUCAGGUGAGCGAUUGCCAGUUGACCGGCUUUCUCACCAUGGAGGUGGGCAUCUUUGUGGCGCUUGUGCCCCGUGGUCGGCCCAGUUUUCUACAGCUGAAGGUUUGCGAGGCUGAAGCGGAGAAAAUCUCAUCCCUGAUAAGCUCACAGUCACCGCGAAUUACAACUAAUCUGGCGCUAUCCAGCCUGACAGUGUCUCAUAUGCUGGAACCCAUGAUGAAUGGCGUCGCAUUAGUGUCGCCUCACGGAUUCGCUAUUUUAGCCAUCGGACUAUUGGCAUUGGCGCAUCUGCGGAUCUGGCGCAAGAUAGAUAUUUAAGAUUAAGAUUAUAGCUUAAGGCAAUAAUACGGUUUAACAAAUCAAGUGAAUUCUUGGUGCCAAACAUUUAGUGGUUUAGUAAGCAACCCCAGCGUGCCUUUAGUAGGUAGGGAUUGACCCUCUGUAUGAUGUGAUAUUAGCUGAAGUACUUGUAAAUUUAAAUCUAUGGCAAUAUUAAAGACAUGGAUGACAUGAUGGCUAGAAAGUUAAUACUCUUAAGUUUCAAUUGUACCAACCAAAGCAGCGUUGUCCUUGCGCUAAUUUACCUAUGUUUACAGCUAGUCUAGAAUAAUAACUAAAAUGUUAACGAA